AAUAAUUACCUCAAAUCAGACUGAUUGCAUCGCCCGUCGGUAGAAGCCUAUGUUAUCACUUAAGUUCCAGAAGAAACGACUACUGUUUAGUUGCUUCAUGGAGGACGAUUCAACUGAAAUAAAAAAGAGAUACACAAAGAUGAAGACAGCCACCAACAUUUACAUUUUCAACUUAGCACUCGCUGAUGCCCUCGUCACCACCACAAUGCCCUUCCAGAGCACAGACUACCUGUUGAAUACCUGGCCCUUCGGUGAGGUGGUUUGCAAGGUCUUCAUCUCCAUCGACUACUACAACAUGUUCACCAGUAUCUUCACUCUCACCAUGAUGAGUGUGGAUCGCUACGUGGCUGUGUGCCACCCUGUCAAAGCCCUGGACUUCCGCACUCCGAUCAAAGCCAAGAUGAUCAAUGUGUGCAUCUGGAUCCUGUCCUCAGCCGCAGGCAUACCUGCAUUUGUUCUGGGCGGCACGCAGACAAAGAGUGAAAUAACUGAGUGUGCCUUGCAGUUCCCAGAGCCAUACGUGUACUGGGACACAGUGAUGAAGAUAUGUGUGUUUGUCUUUGCCUUUGUCGUGCCGGUGCUCAUCAUCACCGUGUGCUACUCCCUCAUGGUCUUGAGGCUGAAGAGCGUCCGAAUGUUGUCCGGCUCCCGGGAAAAAGACCGCAACCUGCGGCGGAUCACGCGGCUGGUGGUGGUCGUGGUGGCUGUGUUUGUGGUCUGCUGGACACCCAUUCACAUUUUCAUCCUGGUCAAGGCGCUUGUGAGUGUGCCCGAAACCACCGCCAUCAUGGCCGCCUACUUCUUCUGCGUGGCUCUGGGCUACACAAACAGUAGUCUCAACCCCGUCCUCUACGCCUUUCUGGAUGAGAACUUCAAACGCUGCUUUAAAGACUUUUGCCUCUCGGCUAAACUGAAGGGGGACAAGGUGUCGGGGAGCAAGAAAGCCCCCAGCUCUGAGCGAGAGGCUGCUGUUCCCCUGGAGGACCCAGAUGGGACUAGAAAGCCAUCAUGACUAGCAGUGGAACUGUCUUCAAUUUCCCACACUGGAAAAGAAGACUCCCAUGACCUGGGGUUAACUAAUGUCACAUCAGCAAUGUUUUGACUCUAUUACAGAAGCUGAUUUAUUUUAAUUAUCACCUGGGGUUUAACCAGUGCCAAAACUGAUAUGAUUUCAUCUCAGCAAUCAAAUUAAAGUUACACAUAUUAAUUGUAUUCCAUCUUUUCCAUAAAUCCACAUAAAAUCAAAAACACCAAGCUCUUCCACAUGACAAUAACUUUGCUGUGACUUUUCUUUUAUUCAUUUUUGCCCCUCAUGGCAGAUUGUGUGUUGAUUAUGUGAACAGGUUGGUGGAUGUGAGCUUGAUUUAAGUAGUAAAAAAUACCAAAUGUGAUUAAAGUUAGUCUUUAACAUCUACGUCUAUUUCCAUUGACUGUCCAGCUAGAAAGUAUAUUAUUGAAAGGAGACCUAUUAUACUGCUUUUCCAGUCCCAUAUUGUAGUUCUG